CCUUCAUGGUGCGUAAUUUGCACGUAUUUUCGGGAACUUGACAAGUAAAAACAUGAUUUUCUAACAGAUCAACACUACAAAUUUAGCCGAGAGAAUAACUUAUGAAUUGAAUUAGCACAGUCACUCAGUGACACUUCACAGUUGCCAUGGAUUUUCAGAAUAGGGCCGGCGGAAAGACUGGCACUGGGGGCGUUGCCUCAGCCUCAGAAUCUAAUCGUGAUAGAAGAGAGCGACUUCGUCAGUUAGCAUUGGAGACAAUUGAUAUAAAUAAGGAUCCUUAUUUUAUGAAAAAUCAUUUAGGUUCCUACGAGUGUAAAUUAUGUUUAACUCUUCACAACAAUGAAGGAAGCUACUUGGCCCACACGCAGGGAAAGAAACAUCAAGCAAAUUUGGCUCGUCGAGCUGCUAAAGAAGCCAAGGAAUCUCCAGCACAGCCUGCGCCUGAAAAACCCAGAGUUGACAUAAAGAAAUUUGUAAAGAUUGGACGGCCUGGUUACAAAGUCACCAAACAGAAAGACCCAGAGACCGGUCAGCAGAGUUUGCUGUAUCAGAUCGAUUAUCCAGAGAUCGUGGAAGGAAUUGCACCAAGACAUCGCUUCAUGUCAGCAUAUGAACAAAAGGUGGAGCCACCAGACAGGAAGUGGCAGUAUUUGCUAUUUGCUGCCGAACCAUAUGAAACUAUUGCAUUUAAGGUACCCAGCCGGGAAGUUGACAAGGACCCCAAAAAGUUAUGGACACAUUGGAAUCGGGAAACAAAACAGUUUUUCCUCCAGUUCGCCUUCAAGAUUGAUCCAAAAUUACUUGCGCAACAACAACAGCAACAACAAGAGCAGAUGCAGAUGCAUCGGGAGCGACAACAACGAGAACGGCAGCAGAUGAAUGAACAGAUGCAGCAGCCUCCGCUCGUUCCUCCGCCUCCGAUGCCAAUUGGGAUUCCUCCUCCGCCUCCAAUGGGGAUGCCACGUCCACCCCCUGGGAUGCCCAACAUGCGGCCACCCCCUCCUCCCCCAGCCCCUCCAGUGGGAGUCCCUCCACCUCCACCUAUGCCUCCAAUAUCUAUGUCGGGAACUACACCACCACCUGUUCCUCCACCCCCUGCUCCUCCUGCAAUGCCGAAUGUUCCCCCACCCCCUCCACCACCACUGGACCACUGAAAGAAAACGAACAGGCCUAUUGGUCUAAAAUCAGUUUUUUUACAGAAUUUUAUUUUAAACAGGUUAGCUAAACACAGGACAUGCUGGGUUGGCUAUUGGGUAUGUUUGGUGGAAAUAACCAAAUUUCUAGGGAAAUUGAAACAAUAGUUGUGAUGUUAUCAAUACCUCCCAUCAUGCAAGUGGAAAACCAUGUGUAUUCCAGUACAACAAUAAAAGAUAUUGUAAUUGCGA